AUGUCUGAAAUGAGCUCCCUGCAUGGACUGGGGAGGGAGAGCGAGGGGGGUGAGGAGCUGGGGAAUUUCCAGAGGUUUACAGAGCAGUUUCACCGCUACAUGCUGCGUGCCCGGGCCCUGGAGAGGAGCAGUGUCACGCUGGAGAAACAGCUGGAGAGCCUGCAGCAGAUCGAGGAGCUCUCAACUCUGGAGGGAGUCUUCACUGAACAGAUCGGGCAGCAGCAGCAGAGUCUGUGGCAGCUGCUCAGGGACCUGAACGUCCUAGAGAAGGAGCUAAAGGAAAUGCAGCAACUCUUGGAGCGAUUCCACACCAAACAUAGAGCAGAAUACGAGAACAACCAACAACUUCAGGACACCUUUGAAAGCCUGAAUAAGAAUGCAAAUGAAGCUUUAUUAAAGAAUUUGGAAUUGCAGAUCCGUACGCAAUUCCUCCAGGAAGAUAUAAACUCCACCAAAGAGAGAAACAGGAAGAAUCUCGCAGAAAUCCAGGACUACCUGAAUGUUGUCAGAGAUGUGCGGCAGUCCAUAAGCUGUGAACCUGCAACCACAUUAAGCUGGGAGGGAGAAGAGAAGGAGCUGGUGGUGGACAGGGGCUCAGAAAAGGUAUCUCGGUUAGACAACGGCGAGAGUGACCCCGGUCCAUUACCGAGCCAGAAAGGGAAUGAGACAACAACAGCGGAGCAGCCAACCGCCAACACGCAUAGAAGUGAGCUAGAUCAGAUGCAAUCACACAGGGAGCAAAUUGAGGUCUUGAAGAAAAAGAUGGGAGAAGUUGAGAGGAAUUUGGAACAAUAUGUCAACGAGUGUCGACGUGUUGUCAUGUAUCAGCAGUCGCUGGAUGAUGAACUGGAGAGCUACAAGAGAUUUAUAGCAAAUGAAGAUUCCAGAUCACAACCCACUCCAACUAAGGCAACCGCAAUGUCAGCGAGCAGUCGUUAUGACAACAUAGAGGUCGCACCUGUGGCCAAAGACAUCACUGUGGCUGCACUAUACAGUGCACCUCUUCAGGCCAGUGAAAUAGCGCACUCCAGAAAAGCAUCAAAGAAAAAGGACGUCACUUCGUCAGGUGACAAAUGCAGCAAUGGAGCGGAACAGGAAUGUGCAAAGAAACCUUCUGAAGUGAGUGAAGACCGUAAACUCAGUGCCAAGGAAGAUGAGGAAGAAGACGAGGAUGUUGAGUUUUAUUCUGAUGAGGGAGAAGAGGCCACAAAACCAGAUGAUGUACCAGAUGGAGCACAGAUCAGUCGGCUUUAUAACGCUCUGUGCAACAUAGUCCUGGACAGAAUGGGAAGACAUAAGAAACCUGAACCACCUGUAGCAGCAUUCUAUACCAAAGGGCACUAUGUGUUAGUCACAGGUGAAGCCAGUUAUAUGGAUCCUUUCUUCUGUACGACAGUUCCUACGAGGAGUCAAGUGAUAGUUACGUUUGAGGACCAACCUGUCCCUGCUGAUAUGGACACUCUACCACAGCCUGACCUCCCCGCCCCUUUAAAAUAUAAUGGAGGUGGUGAUGGCAAGAAAGACUUUGACUCCACUAAAGAGAAUGGCAAAGACCGUGAGGAUGAAAAAAAGGAUGAAAAGGCAGAUGAUGGAAAAUCCGGUGGUAAUGGAGAACUGAAAAGACCGAUAAUAUCAGCACCAAUUUUACCCCCAACCCCAUCACUGCCAGAUCCUUCUCAACCCUCCGAUUACAAACCCACACCUUUCAGUGGCCCAUCUACACCACAGUCAGAUAACCUGGCAUCAAGAGGUGGUCCUCCUGGACAGCAGCAGAAAGAGGACAAAGAUAGAGCAACCAUUAUCACUCCAACCCAGCCACUAUCACCUGACCAGAGAACCCCAGAGGAGCCAAAGUAUAGGUACUAUGAGAAGAUAGAAAUGACUGAGGCAGUUGAGACAUUUAGAGACAACAAGCUGGAGGGUUACUCAGAGACCUCCACCAUUGUAGAGACCACAGUGGAAAAGACAAGCCAGGAACAGAAGGCAAAGAGAUCCUGAGGUUAAAGACUCAAACGUUUGUGUACAAUAUUUACAAAUGUAAUUUUGCAUCUCAGAGUUAAAGUUUCACCACAGUGUGUGCUGACAGUGAACUGCAAAUCAUUUUCUUCCAGGGAAUUUAAUUAAUGCCAGGGUCAGACUGCAGAUGAGCAUUUAAUAGUUUGCGUGUGUUAUUCAUAAAUGAGCCUUUUUGAAAGCUUAAGUAUCAGAUUUAUGGAGAAGGUACGGGUCACACUGCUUAAGUUCAGCUAAAAGCUUUGCUUCAUGUCAUCAAUCAAGUUGAAUUAGAGUUGACAACAAGAAUUUAAAAGAAGAG